UUUUAUUUAUAUAUGGUACAAUGUUAUUAUCCAAAAAAACCCCCCGUUUCUCUCGUAGCCUCUUUAACAUCGGCAGCAGCAGCAACUCCUAUCUCAAUCUGUCUCUCGAGAGAGAGAAGAGAGAAAAAGAAGCCCGUUGCUUGAAGAAAGCCUGCGUUCUUGUUUUAGAGUGAAUAUAAAAUAAAACAAGACACCCAGUCUUUCCUUUCUUUUCCUCUGAUUUGAUUUUGUGUUUAUUUUUUUCUCUUGUAAACAAAAAGAGGAAGGAAUGUGCAUGAUGAUAGUGGAUGUUGAGGAGAACGACGACGUUUUGGUACCGCCAACCAAUUUCUCCAUGGUAGAAGACGGCAUUUUCAGAUCUGGCCUCCCUCAACCCUCCAAUUUCGGUUUCCUUGAAACCCUAAAUCUUCGAUCAAUCAUAUACUUGUGUCCAGAGGCUUAUCCACAAGAGAAUAUGGACUUUGUUGAUGCUCAUGAUAUUAAGCUCUUCCAGUUUGGAAUAGAAGGCAAAACGGAGUCGUCUUCUACGUCGAUUCCCAACCAUACUAUAACGGGGGCUCUUAAAGUGUUAAUUGACGUGAGGAAUCAUCCAGUUCUGAUUCAUUGCAAACGUGGAAAGCAUCGGACAGGUUGUCUUGUGGGUUGCUUUAGAAAACUGCAAACUUGGUGCCUGUCUUCAGUUUUCGAGGAAUACCAGCGUUUUGCUGGGGUGAAAUGGAGGGCCACUGACUUGAGGUUUAUUGAGACCUUCGAAGUAAUGUGCCUGAGGCAGUGUCUAUACAGCAUCAUAUACCAGUAUCAAGGAUAUGGCUCAAACAAGAGGAGGUUACUUUACCAGGAAGAGAGUAUACAGAAGCCAAAAAUUAAGUCCAUUUAAAAGAGCUCUGAGAGGAUCCUUGUGUUUUUUGUUUUGGUUCCUGAUCACUCAUUGUGGAGUUGCGUAUGAGCUUUCUUAAAAAACACCAGUUGCAUGCUUUAGGAUAUGCCGGAUUACAUCUAUACAGAUUUUUCUUGAAACAUCUAUUUGUACCAUGUUUUCCUGCGCACUUUUUUUAUUCUUCCAAUUUUUCAAUAUUUUCUUACACAUGCAACUGUGAAAGAUAGAAUCAUUUGCGGGAGACAAGCUCCAAUGUACCAUACUACUAAUGAACAGAUUUUACGAGGAUCUGUACAAUAUUAAAGAAUAAGUUCAAAGUUA